AUGGUAGCCCCCGCCGCCCUCGAUCCGCUCGAUCACCUAGACGCGUCCCUACAAGACUUCGAGCCGACGACGCCUCACCGCUUCGGGUACCCGUCUCAUCACUCGGGCUUCCGCUCCGAAGGGACCGAGGAGAGCGACGACCGGGAUUCAGUUUCCGCCGGUGGCUACAGUCCUCCGGCGUGGCGCCGUCUCGAGAACGGGGAUAGAUCCAACGGCUUCUGGCGCAAGUCCGACAACCUACUCGGCCACGGCACCGACCAUGCCCGCGCCCUGCGCCAGCUUGGCAUGAUGUCUCCCGAGAGCUUCCACGGCUACGGAACCGACGAGGACGAUGACGAAGAGGAGAGCCAUCAUGUCCUCGAGCAGGCUAUUCGCACGAGGUUACCCACUGGGAGCCUUUCCCCUGAAAAGGGCUUCUCGCCCGAGCCGGAAAGGACGCUCAAGAUUGAUGAUAUGGUGCUUCAAAGCCCCACCCCACCCGCCAGCGGCGUUCCCGACAACUACAUUCGGUUCGCAGUCCGCGCAGAGGUUCAGCACCGCACAGAGCCGAUUGACGCGGCCAUUACGUUUGCCCGCGCCAAGGUCGGCGCCGUCACCGGUUCUUGGGCCUCCCUCCUCGCCUCUUUCCUCGUCGCGUUCCUCUCCAUCACCGCCGUCGCUGGCCUCGCCCGCUCCUUUGAGCCUCUGAUCUACUACUCGGAGAAUGGCGUGGCCCAGGUCGGCGACCUGCAGGCCACCAGCGUCGCGGUAUGGGAUCUUGGCGAGAGCGUGCGCGGCAGCAACAUGACCAGUGCCGACAUCAUUGUCAAGGCGCUCGACGAGCUAAGCGAUAGCCUCAAGACGCUUGCUGUUGAGCUUACUAAGUUUUUCGCCAACGUCGACGGCGAUAUCGAUGGAAUCCUCAUCGUCAUGGAUUGGGCCCGCCGCGAGCUUGCCCAGGUCCGCUCCCUCCCCUCUCAACCCCUCUCGUCCGCGAUGGACAAUGUAUACUCGGCCCUCUCCCACGCCGGAGUCCUCGAGUCCCCCGACGGCAACCCCACCACCCUCGGUUCUGUCGUGACCUCGCUCUUUGGCCGCACCAACACGCAGCGCACCCGCCACACCCUGCAGCGCACGUUUACCGAGUUCCUAGCUGUGCUCGAGGAGUCCAUCAACUCGGAGUUGCAGGCGUCUCUGGCCCUCUUUGCCCUCUUCGAGGCCGUGGACCAGCAAUUCCUCAACCUCGCCCGCACCGUCGUGCGCGAGUCCACCCACCAGGACGAGGCCCACGCCGACCUCCUCUCCUCGCUCUGGACCCGCAUCCUCGGGCCCGACACCGCCGCGGUGGCCAAGUACGAGCGCAACCGCGUGCUGCUCCGCAACGUGCGCGAGAAGACGGUGCGCAACAAGGGCAUCCUGCUCGACCACAACAACCGCCUCCUCACCCUCAAGGCCAACCUCGAGGCUCUCCGUCGCAAGCUCGUCUCCCCGCUCGUCCGCAGCGUCAAUUCGAGCACCCUCACCGUGGAAGAGCAGAUUCGCGGCCUCGAGGAUGUAGGAAGCUACCUUGAAGACGUGCGCAAGAGACAAAGGGGAAACUCAUGGAAAUGGUGUACGGCGCUUCUUCCAUGA